CUGCAAUGGUUUCACGUCUUUUUUAUGUAAAUAACAUUUUAUUCAUCACUUUUAAACGCGUUUUUGAACGCUAAAAUACAUUUCUAAGCCGCAAACCAAAGAGAAAAUUCCCACUGUGUGAAUUUUUAAGUGGAUUCGUUGAAUAUUCCCUGUGUACAGCGAGAUACAGUUGAAAUAAAAUGAGUGUUGGCAGUUAAAGUGCAUAUUGUAGCUGAGAAUGGAAGUCCAGAUUCUUCUUUUGGUUUUAGCGAUCGGAACGUGCACCGGUAGUAUGCCGGAGGAAUACUUCCAAAAAAAUCGCCGACUGGCCAAAGGCAUUGUCGAGGCUCUACAGGACUCCAAUUUCGACGAGGAACUUCUCUUUGAUCUGAAGAAGGAGAACCAGGUGUACCUCAACAGGACCAUGUCUCUAGUCAUCAAGUACAUUGUUAAAAGAGAGGUAGACAAUUACAGAGCACGUCGCACUGACGCCAUCAGCCGUAGAAUAUACUCCUCGCUCAUCAUGAAACUUAUUGAUAUAGCUAAGGAUCUACCUCGCAAUAUCAGCGCCUCGAACAGAAUAGACACAGCGCACAGAUACUAUAUGUCGGUGGAGAGUCGCGACAUGCACGACCAGAUGGCUGACGUGCAAGUGUUCCACGCGUGCGCCAGACUUUACGACAUCAUGUUCACUGCACCAAGAAUAUUAUCUCACCUGGGUCGUCUGGACGACUUAACGCCAAGAACACUAGUGAAAAAGUUAAAAGCUUUGGAGGUUAAACCAGUGCAUGUAGCGAUUGCGCUGCUCAUUCAGUACCACCUCCGUACCACAGUGAACUUCGCGCUACGCACGAAUGCCAUCGAGACGUUAGCCACGAAACCAGCCAUGGUGGGCCCUCAAGUGGUGGAGAUGCUGAAGGCGCUGGCCGCGAGGCUACUGCCCAUAUCGGAACUCCUUGACAUCCACCUGGCCCAUUAUAGUCCGGUGUUCAAGGACACCUGCCCGUCUACCUGGCUCGCCAUUGUCAAUGAUAAAGCUGUUUCUUGACGUGAAUUCUUGUGUUUUACGAGCUUUUGUUUUGUUUCACCUGCCCUCUUUCUCUCUCAUUCUCUUUUUUUUUACUCAUCCUGGUCGCGUUCGGGGAUGAGACGCCGCGAAGACCGGGGUCAAUGUAAAAAGUAAACUUUAAAAUUUUCUGUCAUAUUGUUCAUCUAUAUUGGGAUACAUCAUUUAAUUUAAAAUAAUAAAUACUUAAUUUUAGUCUGAAAUAAAGAUUUUUUUAAAUGU